CGCCAGCCAGCCCAGACCAGUACUACUACUACCACCACCACCUGCUGCCAUGCCACUGCCAGUUAGUGGUACCACCGGAGGCCGCCAUUGCUUGCGAUCUGCUGCGUGGCGCACGCCUGCUAGCUAGAUUGCUUUGCUCGCUCGUCCACGUGCGCGCUGCUGCUGCUGCUGCCGUGCCGUGCCUUGUGGAUUUCGUCCGGUUGCGGGCGGGGCGGCGGGUGGGGAGUGGGUUGGUUGGUUGGGGUGGAAAAGGAGAGACUGGACGGGGGUGGAGGAGGAGGAGCUCUGCCACGGCCGCUGCGCCAGGUGCCAGGCGAGGUGAGGUGAGGCCGUGUUGUGAGGUGGUGGGUGGUGGCUCACGGCACGCCCACUUCACGGGUUCUGCGCCGCCUUUGCUUUUGCUUUUGCUUUUGCUCUUGCUCACAAGGAAAGCGCCGCCGCCGCGCGUGACGCCCCAACCGCCCCAACGCCGACGUCGCCGCGCCGCGCCCCGCCCCGCCCCGCCACCAUACAUAUCAUACCCCCCGCGUGCCACCGCAGUGCCCGCCCCUUCCAGCGAUCUGCGGUCCCGCGCCGUGCUCCUGCUCGUGCUCGUGCUCGCGCCGCGCUAGAUUGGCUGCUGCCGGCGGUGGAUGAGCAUGGGGCGCUACGCGGGCUCCACGGAUCCGGAGGCGGGGAACGGGGCCGUCCUGCUCCACUCGCCCACCGGGGCCACCGCGCGGGUGAGCCUGCACGGCGGGCAGGUCGUCUCCUGGAGGAACGACCGCGGCGACGAGCUCCUCUUCACCAGCAGCAAGGCAAUCGUGAAGCCGCCAAAGGCGAUGCGUGGCGGGAUUCCAAUAUGCUUCCCACAGUUUGGGAACUGCGGGACCUUGGAGCGACAUGGAUUUGCGAGGAAUAGGAUGUGGUCCCUCGAUGAGGAGCAUCCAGCAUUGAGUCGUAGUGACAGUGGCAGCAAAUCUUUUGUUGACCUUAUCCUAAAGACAUCUGAAGAAGACCUCAAGAGCUGGCCACAUAGUUUCGAGUUCCGUCUGAGAAUCUCUCUCACAAAGGACGGUGACCUCUCACUAGUGUCGCGUAUCAGAAACGUUAAUGGCAAGCCAUUCAGUUUCUCAUUUGCCUACCACACAUAUCUCUCAGUUUCAGACAUAAGCGAGGUGAGGAUAGAAGGCUUGGAAACCCUCGAUUAUCUGGACAAUCUCAGCCAGCGGGAACGCCAUACUGAACAAGGAGACGCCAUAACAUUCGAAUCAGAGGUAGACCGAGUGUACGUCAGCUCGCCAAACGUGAUAGCGGUGCUCGACCAUGAGAAGAAGCGCACCUUCGUCAUCAGGAAGGAUGGCCUCCCUGACACCGUGGUGUGGAACCCGUGGGAGAAGAAGGCGAAGACGAUGGCGGACUUUGGCGACGAGGAGUACAAGCAGACGCUGUGCGUGGACGCGGCGGCGGCGGAGCGGCCCAUCACGCUGAGGCCCGGGGAGGAGUGGACGGGGAGGCUGGAGCUCUCCGCCGUCCCGUCGACCAACUGCAGCGAUCACCUCGAUCAGCCCGGCAUCAUGUGAUGCGCUAGCGUGUAGCGUGGUUGGUUUGUGAUAUAGCCUGAUAGGUUACAGUGCUGUCUCUGUCUGUAUGUAUGUGUAGCCACCUGUGAGUCGCUUUCGUCGUCCUUGCAUCUUGUACAUGGGAUCGAUCAGUAGGCUGGUUGGAUCUGUGGUGGUUGUCGGCCGGCGGCGCUGGACUCGCCGGUGCUAAGGCUGAGACCUGGUCACCUGGAAUGGCAUCGGGCCUUUUCUUUUCUUCAAGUCUUCUGAUUUCUUGAAUGGCAUGGGACUUUUUCCUA